UCUCUCAGAGAUGGAAUGCGAAAGAGAUCCAUGUGGUUCCAUAUCAAUUUGCAAAGAUCAACUACCAGGAGCUGAAGAUCUAAUGGAUGAGCAUUGGUUCUUUCAUAGCAUGUUCAACACAACAAGGACCUUCACCUCUUCCAUGGAUAAUGCUAUGUCUUGCUCAGACACAACCAUGGAGAUGAUUGUCAGUAACCCUUCAAAUGAAGGGCCACCCUACAAAGCCAAUCAUCCCCAAGGCCAUGCACUACUUGCUAACAAUUUCCUUGGAAAUCCAUCCCCACCACAUCGCCAAGAUGUCCCAAAAACAGCACGAGAGGAAGUAAACCAAGGCCCACCAAACGUUUUGUACGCACAACAAUCUGUGGACGAUAUGGUUUCGUUGUGUAGAAAUUAUCCAUCUGAGAUCACAAUACAAAAACCGACCAUUCCAAGGGAUGGAUCGAGGAGGAACUUGAGCGACGAUGGAUCCAACAAGGAUAGCAAGAACUGUAGGAUCGUCCAUCACAGAAGGAUCUGGAAGAGCAUGAGUGAUCUUGAGUUCGAGGAAGUUCAAGGGUUCAUGGACUUGGGUUUCAUAUUCAACAAGGAAGACAUCAGCCCCAGUGUAUUGAACAUGAUCCCUGGUUUGCAAGAAAAGAGGCCAAUCGACGGUGAUAAGGUGAGAAGGCCAUAUCUCUCGGAAGCAUGGGUUGUACAAACAUCAGACCCUCCAAUCCUCAAUUGGGUCUAUAGAAAAUCAGCCGUUGAUAUGAAGGAACAGCUCAAAGUUUGGGCUAGAACUGUAGCUUCUAACGUGCGCCGGGAAUGUUAAACCUUCCCUUCCAACUAUGGUCAUCUUCUCUUUUAUUAAAUUAAUUUA